AUGGAAGCUGACAAAGUUCAACGAAUGCCAGCUGGUUUUCCAUUCCAAUUAUGCGUCCCAGCAUCAUCGCCAUCAACAUUAUUUCCACCCAUGCCCAUAUUUGGUGUCCAACAAAUGUACGCAACUCUACUUCAACAUCAGUUACUCCAACUUCAACAACACUCUCAACCUCAACAAAGUCCAAACUGUUUGGGACAAGAAUUAUCACCAGGACUAUCAGACAGAGCAUCAUCAGGAGCCGACUCUCCAUCCACAAAAAAACUUCAAUUGGAUGAUAAUGGCUGUCCUAUCUGUCCUGCUUGUGGAGAUAAGAUCCAGGAAAAUGAGUUUGCCAGUCACGUUGAGAAAGAGAAGAGUAAUUUGAAAAACACAAUUGAAAGUGCUAAAGAAAGCAAAGCUGAUGAGGAAGAAAUCUUGUGUGCUGAACUGGAUCCAAUCCGUCGGAAGCGUGAAUCAGAAUUCAACCGAAUCCGUGGAAAUCAUCUCAAACGAAUUGCUUUAAAACGAGGAAUUGGUGCUAUCCGAGAUAGUCUGACUCCAUUCAGUCAUCAGUCUAACGAUGAAAGUGGCUCAACUGGAUCACCGGAAAUAAAGAAGGAGGAUGAUUCCCCAUCAACUUUGAAUACUUCAAUACCUUGUUCGAUCUCAUCUCUCUUAGAUGUCCCCAUGGCAUCCGCUACUAGUCCAUCAUCCUCGUCAUCUGUUUCAUUUUCACCCCCAGAGAAGAAAAUGAAAUUGAACUGA